AUGACUCCUGGAGAAGCCUGGGGAAAUUGGCACGUGUCAGAGAAGCUGCUGGAUAACCACCCAGGGAAGAAAGUGGACGAAUCUAUUAACGAUGAGGGAGGAGACAAGGAUCCCAGAGUGAAGCAGACAAAUCCCAAGGAAGAGACACCCAGGGACUGCCUGCAGUGUGGGAAAAGAUUAAUUCUAAGAUCACAACUUGUGACACCUCAGACAAUCCAUACUGGAAAGAAACGCUGUCAAUGCUUGGACUGUGGGGAAAGCUUCAAUAACUGCUCAGACCUUAAUAACCAUGGGAGUAGCCACACUGGAGAGAAGCCCAUUCAAUGCCUCGAGUGCGGGAAAUGUUUCAGUUCUAAGUCAGCACGAAUUUCACAUCAGGCAAUCCACACAGGAGAGAGAUCCCAUAAGUGCUUAGACUGUGGGAAAAGUUUCACACGCAAGUCAGAUCUUACUAAUCAUCAGGCAAUCCACACAGGAGAGAGACCCCAUAACUGCUUCGACUGUGGGAAAACAUUUAUAAUGAGGUCAGUGCUUCUUAAACAUCUGGCAAUCCACACAGGACAGAGACCCCACAAGUGCUUGGAAUGUGGGAAAAGUUUCAUACGGAGGUCAAACCUUGUUAAUCAUCAGGCAAUCCACACAGCAGAGAGACCUCACAAGUGCUUGGGCUGUGGGAAAAGUUUCAGACACAGGUCAAACCUUCUUAAUCAUCAGGCAAUCCAUACAGGAGAGAGACCCCAUAUGUGCUUGGACUGUGGGAAAAGUUUUAUACGGAGGUCAGACCUUGUUAGACAUCAGGCAAUCCACACAGGAGAGAGACCCCAUAAGUGCUUGGACUGUGGAAAAAGUUUCAUACGGAGAUCAGACCUUGUUUCACAUCAGGCAGUCCACAAAGGAGAGAGACCCCAUAAGUGCUUUGACUGUGGGAAAAGUUUCACAUGGAAAUCAGCCCUGUUUAAACAUCAGAGAAUCCACACAGGAUCUAAACUUCUUUGAUACGUGACAAGAAAGGGUUAAGCAGCUUGCAUGUAAUUGACUCAUAUCAGGGCUUGUUACACGUCAGGCAAGCCACACAGGAGAGAGACUUAAUAAAUGCUUGGUAUGUGGGAAAAGGUUCAGUUACAGCAGAAAACUUAAUAACCAUCGAAGAAUCCACACAGAAGAGAGACCCUAUAAAUGCCUGCACUGCAGGUAUGGUUUCCAUUGGAAGUCAGCCCUUAAUAAUAAAAGGAGGAGUCUGGUGGCAGAUUUAUUUGGGCAUAACCUUUCGUGGGUAAAAAAAAACCACUUCUUCAGAUGCAUGGAAUGAAAAUUACAGAUACAGACAUAAAUAUAUUGGCACAUGAAGAGAAGGGAGUUACCUCACAAGUGGAGAACCAGUGUUGACAAGACCAAUUCAGUUAGGGUGGAUGUGGUCCACUCCCAAUAUUUGAUGAGGAGGGGUCAAUACCAAGAAAGGGAAAAUUGCUUCUGUAGUGAGCCAACCACUCCCAGUCCCUAUUGAGGCCCAAAUUGAUGGUGUUAAGUUUGCAAAUGAAUUGUAGCGCUGCAGUUUCUCUUUGAAGUCUGUUUCUGAAGUUUUUUGGUUGAAGGAUGGCUACUUUUAAAUCUGUUAUUGAAUGUCCAGGGAGAUUGAA